AUGGUACAGAAAUUUCUAGGCAAGCCCUGGUUUGUACCUCCAGAGCUCUACCAGCUAAUCAUCUUCCCUGUAGACCACCAGUAUGGCCAGCAGCAGCCACUGCUAGAACCUCAGGGUGGGCCACUUAUUGGCCACAUGGAUGAGGGCCCAAUUGAAGCGGCCACGGCAGACCAGGACACUGGGCUGAGCUGGCUGCAGGCCUCUGGCUGGGGUUGCCCCAGCCUUCAGCAGAGGCUGAUCCUUCUAGGGGACCCCCCCGGACUCUCUCGGCGCGGCAGGAGGGUCCCCGCCACCAUUCGACCUGCAUUGCUCUCGCUUCGGGAGAGACACUUGCGUCGGGACCCAGCCUCGGGGCGGGAGGGCGGCAACGACACGGUUUUUCCGCAGACUCCGGGCGCGUCCGUCCACCCAUCCCCCGCCUCUGCAGCCCCGAGGCGCGGCGCCAGCCCGGCCGGCGGCCGGUGGCGGCGCUGCACCAUGCGCCCCCCGCGCGCGCUGGCCCCGGCCGCGCUCUGCCUGCUGGCGCUGCCCGCCGCCGCCGCCGCCGCCUACUUCGGGUCAGUGCCCGCCGCGCCCCGAGUUCGCGCCCCGAGCUCGGUGUCGGGCUCCCGCCCCCCCGCGCUCACACCCCGAUCGCACCUUCUGGCGUCCGAGUCUCUGGUCCCCUCUGCCGCCGCCCUCCUCUCCUCGCCGGGUCGCGGACUCCGGCCCAAGCUCCCGGCUUCUACACGCUCCUCGGACCCUGGCUUUGCCCGCCCCGGCGCACCCUGUCCCUACCCGUCCAGGCGUCAGUCCCGCGCGCUGACGCCUCCUCCGGAUCCAAACUCGGGUGCCCUGUCUGCCCCAUCCUGGGCUCCGUCCGGCCGCUGUCCUUGCCUCGGACUCCUUCCCCACCCUCGGCCUCUGUCCCGCGGCGUGGAGACCAGCAGGCUGGGUGGAGGGGUGGGGGGCGUUGUUACCGAAGCCGGGGGCAGUGGAUCCAAGGGGACCUUGACCGGGAGGGAGGUCCUGACACCCUUCCCAGGGCUGGGCACGGCCGCAGCCCCGGUGCAGGGCAGGGCCCACCUGAAGCAGUGUGACCUGCUGAAGCUGUCCCGCAGGCAGAAGCAGCUGUGCCGGCGGGAGCCUGGCCUGGCUGAGACCCUGCGGGACGCUGCACAUCUCGGCCUGCUUGAGUGCCAGUUCCAGUUCCGGCAUGAGCGCUGGAACUGCAGCCUGGAGGGGAGGACAGGCCUGCUCAAGAGAGGUUUCAAGGAGACGGCUUUCCUGUACGCGGUGUCCUCGGCUGCCCUCACACAUGUCCUGGCCCGGGCCUGCAGCGCUGGGCGCAUGGAGCGCUGCACCUGCGACGACUCUCCGGGCCUGGAGAGCCGGCAGGCCUGGCAAUGGGGUGUGUGUGGCGACAACCUCAAGUACAGCACCAAGUUCCUAAGCAACUUCCUGGGGCCCAAGAGAGGAAGCAAGGAUCUGCGGGCACGGGCAGAUGCCCACAACACCCACGUGGGCAUCAAGGCUGUGAAGAGUGGCCUCAGGACCACGUGCAAGUGCCAUGGCGUGUCAGGUUCCUGUGCCGUGCGCACCUGCUGGAAACAGCUCUCUCCAUUCCGUGAGACGGGCCAGGUGCUGAAGCUGCGCUAUGACUCAGCUGUCAAAGUGUCCAGUGCCACCAACGAGGCCUUGGGUCGCCUGGAGCUGUGGGCACCUGCUAGGCCGGGCAGCCCUGCCAAGAGCCUGGCACCCCGGCCUGGGGACCUGGUCUACAUGGAGGACUCACCCAGCUUUUGCCGGCCCAGCAAGUACUCACCCGGCACAGCGGGACGGGUGUGCUCCCGGGAGGCCAGCUGCAGCAGCCUGUGCUGCGGGCGGGGAUAUGACACCCAGAGCCGCCUGGUGGCCUUCUCCUGCCACUGCCAGGUGCAGUGGUGCUGCUACGUGGAGUGCCAGCAGUGCGUGCAGGAGGAGCUUGUGUACACCUGCAAGCACUAG